AUGUAUCUAAUAAGGUUCCUUUCAUCCUCUACUCGAUGGGUGCUCAAGCUAACUGCCCAAACACCCUAUGGUCUUCCACGGCUUUACCAUUCUCCGCCUAACUGGCACUCGCCAAACCGGCACGCCAAACCGGCACUCGCCAAACCGGCACUCGCCAAACCGGCAUUCGCCAAACCGGCACUCGCCAAACCGGCACGCCAAACCGGCACUCAUUCACAUUACUACACAAGCUCAUGGAUUAGGAAGGAUGAGGAAGGUGAGGAUUCAGUUCCCUUUGAAGCAAGUGGAAGCAAGCGUCCACCGGGUGUGAAGGCUGCAAAGGCUGCAAAGGCUGCACAGGCUGCAAAGGCGAGUGGAAAGAAGCAUGUGGUGCAUGAGAUCGUCGAUGUUGACAAGUAUGAGAGUAUGUGGACAAUCAAACAGCAGGAUUUGGCCGCCAAAGAACGGUUGUCUAAGACUCAUAUGCUUGAGAAUCUCCUUGCAAGACAAGAUGCCUUAGCUGAUUACGAAGAAGUCCUCAAGAAGAAGCUUAUCAGUGGGAAGUACAUAAAGUUCUUGUCUUUUUGUUUCAUAAGACAAGUUCACGAGAGGAUGAAAAGUAGACAUGUAGUUCACAAGACAAGUUCACGAGAUAUCUUAAUGGAGGGAUGGAGGGAUGGAGGGAGUACAAGUUCACGAGACAUGGAGGGAGUACAAAGGUGGUCAAGAAGAAGAAGAAGAAGAAGAACAAGAAGUGGUAAAAAAACAAAGAAAAAAAGAGUAGUUAUCGAACGAAAUCGCGAAGAAGGCCAUCAACGGUUAUGGAACGAUUAUUUCAGUGACACUCCUACAUAUCAGGAAAAUCAAUUUCGACGAAGAUUUAGAAUAAACAAGUCAUUGUUCAUGCGUAUUGUUGACCGCCUCUCCAAUGAAGUUCCAUACUUUCGUCAAACACAAGACGUUACCGGAAGAAGUGGUCUCUCUACACUUCAGAAGUGUACAGCCGCAAUUCGUGUCUUGGCAUAUGGUUCUGCCUUUGAUGCGGUCGACGAAUACAUCCGGCUCGCUGCAAGCACGGCUCGGUUAUGUGUGGAAAAUUUUGUGGAAGCAAUAAUAGAUUUGUUCGGCGAUCAGUACCUAAGGAGACCAACGCAAGAUGAUCUUCAGCGUCUACUUCAUUUUGGAGAGGUUUGUGGAUUUCCCGGUAUGAUAGGAAUCAUCGAUUGUAUGCAUUGGGAGUGGAAGAAUUGUCCCACCAGUUGGAAAGGACAAUUUUCUCGUACUUUAAAUGAUAUCAAUAUUCUUGAUCGCUCACCUGUUUUCGAUGACAUCAUACAUGGCCAAGCUCCACAAGUGAAUUUCUCGGUGAACGGAAAUCCUUAUUCAAUGGCUUACUAUCUCACCGAUGGUAUUUAUCCUAAAUGGGCAACUUUUAUCCAAUCUAUACCACUUCCACAAGGACGGAAAGCAGUUUUAUUUGCUAAAACUCAAGAAGCUGUCCGAAAAGAUGUCGAACGUGCUUUCGGAGUCUUGCAAGCACGAUUUGCCAUUGUCAAAAAUCCAGCACGUUGUUGGGACAUACUCAAGAUUGGGAAGAUUAUGAGAGCAUGUAUCAUACUCCAUAAUAUGAUAGUGGAAAACGAACGAGUUGAUCGCACUCAAUACGCCACUUUGGGUUUCCAACCGGGAGAAGACGGCGAAAGUUCAAGUGCCGAUCAGACCUUUUUCAUAGAUACCCCUCCAAGUAUCUCCAAUCAAGAUAGUGUUAUAAUAAGUAUGCGUGAUAAACCAGCGCAUCAACGACUAAAACGUGAUUUGGUUGAACAUAUAUGGCGUAGAUUUGAACGUGAUCAACGCAACAACUAAACGUCGAU